AACUGGGCCCUCUGGAAAUUGCCCUCACUAUCAUCUUGACCUUUCUUACCACUGGCUCAGUUGCCAUUUUUCUGGAGGAUGCUAUUUACCUAUACAAGAACACCCUUUGCCCCAUCAAGAAGAAGACUCUGAUCUGGAGUAGCUCUGCACCCACGGUGGUGUCUGUGUUCUGCUGCUUUGGUCUCUGGAUCCCUCGAUCCCUCACCCUUGUGGAAAUGGCCAUAACCUCGUUUUAUGCCAUAUUCUUUUACCUGCUGAUGACGGUCAUGGUGGAAGGCUUUGGUGGGAAAGAAGCAGUAUUGAGGACACUGAAGGACACCCCAAUGAGGGUGCACACGGGUCCCUGCUGCUGCUGCUGUCCCUGCUGCCCACCCCUCAUACUUACCAGGAAGAAGCUGCGGCUGCUCAUGUUGGGUCCUUUCCAGUAUGCCUUCUUCAAGAUAAUGCUCAACAUAGUGGGCCUGUUUCUCAUUCCAGACGGCAUCUAUGACCCAGGAGAAAUUUCUGAGAAGAGCACGGCUCUCUGGAUCAACAAUUUCCUUGCUAUAUCUACCCUUUUGGCUCUCUGGUGCCUGGCCAUCGUUUUCCGUCAAGCCAAGAUGCAUCUUGGUGAACAAAAUAUGGGAUCCAAGUUUGCUCUGUUCCAGGUGCUUGUCAUCCUGACUGCCCUGCAACCUGCUAUUUUCUCCAUCUUGGCUAACAGCGGAGGGAUCGCUUGCUCACCUCCCUAUUCUUCUAAAAUCAGGUCUCAAGUGAUGAACUGCCACAUGCUCAUACUGGAGACCUUCCUGAUGACAGUGCUGACACGAAUGUACUAUCGAAGGAAAGAUGACAAGGUUGGGUAUGAGACUUGUUCACCGCCAGACCUGGACUCAGCACUCAAAGCCUGAGGAGAGUGGCUUGGACUAUGGAAGAGAUACUGUUCUCCACAUUAGAGCAUGAGCUUUCUUCUGUCCCUCAACCUUCUCAGUGGUUAAGGCUCCCACUGGCAGGGCAGGCUGGCAGUGUCCAUGUGACUAUAGGGAUGAAGGCAAAGUGCAGCAGGCUGAACCUG